CAAUCAUUUUUUCACUUGUCAAUAUUUAGGCUCCAUAAAAAUCGACGGUUCAUUACAAAUGUUUUAUUUUCUUUCUCCAAUUGUUAUCUGUUCUAUGGAAAUCAUUUUAUACUCAUAAGAUAUUUUAUGUUUUUCAAUCGUUGUCAAAAAAUUGGCUGAAAAUCUGCUUAUUUGACAACAAAACGGAGAUAAAUAAUGACAAGCAAAGGUGGCCGUGAAAGUUGCAACGAACCAAUAGAUACAUCGUCAUCACUGACAAACUAUAAUUCAUCAAAUCAAAACCAUUCAUCAAGAGCAAUGACAUCGAUGCCAUCGACAACCAGCCCGCCACCGGUAUCAUCACAGCGAUCCACCGGGCAAACUAGUACCACCAGUGAAACGACUUCAAGUAGCCAAACAAUGCUUGCAAACUACAAAUAUAUAGAAAGUUACGAUUUCCCGUACUGUGAUGAAUCGACCAAAUAUGAAAAAGUGGCCAAAAUCGGCCAGGGCACGUUUGGUGAAGUGUUCAAAGCACGCGAAAAACGAUGCCACAAAAAAUUUGUCGCUAUGAAAAAAGUUCUUAUGGACAAUGAGAAAGAAGGUUUUCCGAUUACAGCGUUGCGUGAAAUUCGAAUUUUACAGCUGUUGAAACACGAAAAUGUAGUGAAUUUAAUCGAAAUUUGUCGCACAAAAGCAACAGCCAACAAUCGAUAUCGGUCCACGUUUUAUUUGGUAUUCGAUUUUUGUGAGCAUGAUUUGGCCGGUCUGCUGUCAAACAUUAAUGUUAAAUUUAGUUUAGGCGAAAUUAAAAAAGUUAUGCAGCAAUUGCUUAACGGUUUAUAUUACAUUCAUAGCAACAAAAUUUUGCAUAGGGACAUGAAGGCAGCUAAUGUUUUGAUUACGAAAAAUGGUGUAUUGAAAUUGGCCGAUUUUGGAUUGGCUCGAGCAUUUAGCGCAUGUAAAAAAGACCAACCUAAUAGAUAUACAAAUCGUGUGGUUACUCUAUGGUACCGACCACCAGAGCUACUUCUUGGCGAUCGAAACUAUGGGCCGCCAGUUGAUAUGUGGGGAGCGGGUUGUAUUAUGGCAGAAAUGUGGACCCGUUCGCCAAUUAUGCAAGGUAGAAAUGAACAACAACAGAUUGUUCUCAUUUCACAACUUUGCGGUUCCUUCACGCCAGAGGUUUGGCCGGGAGUUCAACAUUUGGAAUAUUUUACUAAAAUUGAUUUGCCACAAAAUCACAAACGAAAAGUAAAGGAUCGACUGAAGGCAUAUGUUAAAGAUCCGCUUGGAUGUGAUUUACUUGAUAAAUUGUUGCAGUUGGAUCCAAAGGCGCGUUAUGAUGCCGAUGCCGCACUUAAUCAUGACUUCUUUUGGACCGAUCCGAUGCCAUGCGAUCUUGGUAAAAUGUUAUCGCAUCAUUUACAAUCGAUGUUUGAAUUUUUAACGCCACAAAGACGACCAGGUCAAAGACCGUAUCAACAAAUGAACUCCAAUCAAAUGCCAAAUCGAUCACAAGAUAAUAGCUACGUAGACCGCGUUUAUUGAAUUUUUUUUUAGAGAAUAUAAUGAACCGAAAUCAAUUGUAAGAUAUUUAGGAUGAAACGAAUUCGAUUGUGAACUAUUGUGUAUUACAUAAAACCCAAUCCAUUCUGGAUAAGCGUAAACAUUAUUAAAUUUUCAAAAAAUCUCAUGAACAUACCCAUGAAAUAAACGAUUUUGGUAAAAAUUGUACAUUCCAUUUGAUUUACAAAUAAACACGAAUUAAAAAAAAUACACAAAAAUUGUAAGAGAAUAUUUAGUUGUAGGGAGGAUUUUUAUUGAUAAUAUAUAUCUAUCUAUUUGUUUCAAAACGA